AUGCCACAACAACAACCAUCACAACAACAAGGUGUUAAUAAUUCGGCGACGAAUCCUUCCCUUUUUAAUAAUAACAAUAAUAGGCAUGGGAGGACUUCAACAACUAGGAGUAAUAAGAAUAACACGUCACCAAUUUCUUUGGUCAAUACAAAUUUUCAGAUACCACCUUCGAAUGGGAUUAUUGGAAAUGAGAAGAAUGUUUUAAUUUACCAACAACAGCAACAAUAUCAACAGGAACAACAGUUUGGAAAUCAUGUAAUUAAUAGGCAGCAUUGUUUUCAAUUCCUUCAACCAAAAAUGUCUGUUCAAUAUAGCAAUACGAAUGUACCUUUUCAGAAUACUUCACCAACUCAUCAACAUGUUAUUGAAAACAAUGUUGAUAUUGGGAGUAAUGUGAACAAUACGUCUCCGACAACACAGUCCUACUUUCAAUCUAUGCCACCAGAGGAAUUUAGAGAAAUCUUCUUGAAGAAGGUCUUUCUGGGUGAAGAUCCCAAUGUUGAUGUGUGUAAAACGAGCAAUGCACAUCAACAACAAGCUCCAAUUCUGAGUAAUAACAUUCAACAUGUUAUUCCAUCUUCGAAACCUUCCACUCCACCUAAUGGUGUUUCACAACAACAUGCACUUUAUCCUAAUGUACAUAAUAGUCCUGUUACUUCUCCAACAAGUAGUUUGAUAAUGCAACAUCACCAGCAAAUUUCUCCAAUACAAUUUCAAUCCAACCAACAUGCAACAACGAAUGCAAAUACUAAGAAUGCAACAAGUAACAAUGAAAUGGUACCGUUACCACCACAACAAUUGGAAAAUCUAACAGAACAGCAGUUGAUGGAAUACAUUCUGACAUGGAUGACCAGUGUAAAGACAACAAAUCAAUAA